AAAAAAUUGUAUCAAAACAAUACAAACGGUCAAAAUAUAUAGAUAGAUGUAAUGUUUUUAAAAUAAAAAAUUCUUUUGAAUUUAUCAGUAUGUGUUUAAAAUACUGUGCAUUUUGCAUUUUAUGAUACAAACACUUUAAUGAAUUUAUAUGUCAAAAAUUGUCCAAAAAUUCAAUUGUAAUGUUUAAAAUUUUGAAUUUAACAAGUUUUAAACUAUUGUAAAUAGAUGUGUAUUUAUAUAUAAAGUGAAUGUUUACAAAAGAUAUUAAAAAAAGGUUUAAUGUAUAUAUUGUGUAAAUAAAAAAAUGAGUGUCGAAAACGAGUGCAAUUUCGCGUAUAGAUAUAGGACAGUUCAAAAACAUUUAGAUGGUUUGGGUUAUAAACAAACUUUACCUCUAGAUGCUCUUCCACUUGUGGAAAAUCUUCUUGCUGAUUUAAUUCAAACUACAGAAAGUCUUAAGCAUUUUAAAUCAGUCGCUCAAGAUAAUAUAGAGUCUUGUAGUCAACUGCAGUUGUCUGUCAAUCCAUACAAAUGUGACAAUGCGCGAUUGGUUCAAGAAAAUAAUGAAUUACACGUAGAAUUGAUGCGAGAAAAGGAAGCCCAUCAAAAAGAGUUGUAUGACUUAAAAAAAUGCUUAAGAAGAGUGGAAGUUGAGCACGGUGAUUUACAACUUUCUUCAUCUCGAAAUCUUCAAAGAAUCAAAGAUCUUGAAACAGAGUCUGCCAAUAAAUCGAAAAAAAUUCUUGAACUACAAGGAAAGUGUUGUAAACCUGUUGUCAGUAACGUUUCUCUGGCAUCGAAAAAACGAACUUGUUAUCCACUACGAAGACCUCUCUUGGAAUGUGAAAUUCUACCGAAAUCAAAAAGUAGCUCAACUUCAUUGCAAACUGCGAGACAAGUGGAACCAUAUGUUGUGGAUUUUGUUGCAAUGGCGGAUCUUAGGAUGAAUUGCCUUAAUUAUGAGGUAACAAAAUUAAAAGAAGAACUUACACUUCAAACGGACAACAUAAACACUUUAGAAAUUCAGUUAGCAUUGAAAGAAAAGGAAAUAUCUCGACUGAGAAGAAUGCUUGAAGGUGGUCGACCCUAUAAUGCAGUAGCUAAGGAAUGUUCCUGUAAUAAAUUCGAGAAGACACAUAAUUCACAGGAUUGUCAUGAAAUCGAAAAUUGUGAUUUAAAAAUUUUAUUAAAAGCAAAAACUGAUUUGGAACAUCAAUUGAAAGAAGCAUUAAAUAAACAACAUGAAGCAAUGUCUCAAGCGCUAAAGUUAGCGGAACGAAAUGAAGAAUUAGAAAAAGAAUUAAGGGAUAUUGAUCACAUUGCAUUGUCUGUUGAAGCUGAUUGUAAUACAGCAGUUAAAGAAAAUAAUCGAAGAGUUUGUAGAUUACAGGAAAAAUUGAAUGAAGUUUUAACUCAAGUCCAUGCAUUGGAAUGUGAAUUAGCAGAAGAAAGACGAAAGGUACAGGAAUUAAAAACUGAUUUAGGUGCUAGUCGACUUGAAAAAUUGGAUAUUCAACAAACACUCGAAUUCACUUUAGAAGAGAAAAAAAAUCUGACCGAUCGUAUUAAUCAACUCACAGUGAUUGCAACAAGAAAUGAAAAAUCGAAAGAACAUAUUUUUAAUGAAGAGGAAGAAAAACUAAAAAGCAGGAACAGAGAAAUUUCUAAUGACGUUCAAAGGAUCCUUUAUGAAAAAGAGUCUAAUAUUGUUAGUUUACAGAACAAAUUAAUUAAUUUAGAAGCAGAACGUGAUUACUUCAGAGAAGAAUACAAUAAAUGUCGAGAUCAAUAUAGUAAAGAAUCCAGAAAUGAAAACGCAACAGUGGAAAGGUUACAACGUGAAAGAGAUGUGGCGAAAGGAGAUGUUGAACGUCUUGUCGAAGAGCGUGACGCUUUACGUGAACGAUUGAAGAUGGCUACAGAAUCACAUUAUUCUGCGCAACAAAGGUUAAGGGAAAAUCUUCACGAUGUAGAAAGACGAUUGAAAUAUAUUGAAUGUGAAAGACAAGAACUUAUGACAACACAGGGUACCAAACGCGCAACGAUCAAUGGUCUUGAGGAUCAACUCGAAGACUUGAGGGAGGAACUCAAAAGGACAAAACAAGAGUUUGCGGAACAAAGGACACAAUACUUUCAAUUGAGAGCGUUGCAAGAUCAAACGGAUCAAGCCCUCGGAGAUGUGCAGGGUCAACUCUCUCAAUCAGAGACUGAACUGGCUAAGGCUAUAGAUCGCAAUCGAAAUAUGGAACAGCAACAAAUUGAAUUUACAAAUCAAGUCAAGGACUUGAAACAAGAGAUUAACAAUUUACACACCAGCAUGGCACAAAUAGAUCACGAAAAAGACCAGUUACUAAUGGUUCUUGAUGAAAAGACGGAAAAAAUUGCUGCUUUAGAGCGAGAAUUACAGUCUAAAGAGCAACAAAUGCUGAAUGCAGAGCAACAACUUCGCGAUUUGCAGCACAAAAAUCAAAUAUGCGUGGACCAGAGUGCAGAUAAAGAACGACAGGUGCGCAGCAUGCAAAUUGAUAUGGACAAUCUUCAGAGACAAAUUACAAGUUCAUCGAUGGAUCGUGAAAAUGCGAUACAAGAAAAUAUGCGACUUCAAGAUGAUUUAGCGGCUGUGACAUGUGAAUUGCGAACUCUUCAACGGGAACUUGAGGCCUCGAGGGCAGAAUCUUUUGAUUUGAAAAAACAGCUUAAAACUUAUGUCAGCGAAGUUAGACGUGUCGAAGAACUUCUCAUGAAAAAGGACACUGAGAGAACGGAUAUGUUAAAUCACUUUCGAAGUUUAAGUUUAGAAGCAACAGUUUUGGAAAAUAGCAAUCAUAGCUUAGAAUCCGAAGUUGCAGAAGCUCGAGAUCGACUAUUGGAUCUCGAUCAUCAAGUGUCGGAUAAAGAAAAUUUAAUAAAAGGCUAUGAAGCUCAGAUUAUUAGUUUAACACAAAACGUUGCAACCUUGGAAACUGAAUUAAGACAACAAGAAGAUCGAAGACUAACAGCGGAAUCUGAUCUAAAUGCUGUUAGAGAUCUUUGUGUGAAAUUGGAUCAUCAAAAAGAUAGUAUUUUACAGCAAUUAGGUGAAAAAGAUUCUAUAAAUUCUCAGUUCGAAUCGCAACUUACUCGAUUGAGAACAGAAAAUACAGUCGUGCAAGAUCAAAUAAGUAGAGAUAAUGCCGCAAUUGAUCGUUUAGAAGAACUUUUGGAUCAAUCUAGACAGGAGUCGAUGAAUACUCAAACCGCUAAUCAGGAAUUGCAAAACGAAAUAUCAAGAUUAAAACAAAAAAACACGGAGCUCCAUAAUAAAUUGUCUUCUAAUUCAUCUGAUCUAAAGAAAUAUCAGAAUCAAGCAGCUGAAUAUAGUAAGCAAGUAAGCGAAUUACGUCGACAAGUAACAAACGAACGCUUUGAUCGAGCACGUAAAGAAGAAGAAACUAGAAGUGAAGAAAAAUGUUCAUCAUGUUGCCAUUGUCAAUCUCGUCGAACCUCUCCUUUAAAUUCUCCAAAUACUCCAAAUACUCCUCGAGAAUACAAUCGAACAUCUCGUAGUAGACAUUUCAGUUCUAGUGGUCCAUGGACUCAAUCGCAAACCAGACAAAGUGAUUGGCUGAAGAAGCCGUACCCGUCUGGUAAUCAAUCUUCUAAUCCAUUGACGUCUCAAUUGCUAAGCGACAAAAAAUGCAAAUGUUCAACCAUAAAAUCUAACAGUGACGCGAUCAUCAGAUUGUUACCCGCAUCCCUUAACUCUUAUCCUAAACUAAACUCCACGCAGUCUUACAACUCCAAUACAAUUAUUAAUCAAGCCUCUACUUCUGAUUAACUUCGAAUUUUUUCAUUUUUGAGAUACGUCCAAUUUUUUUGUCACUCUUAUUUGAUACUAAUUAUAUUUACUGGAUUUUGUGAUAUUAAUUUUUUUUUUCAAGUAAAUUAAUUGUCAUUUAUAAAAAAAAAAGUUUAAAAAUAAAAAGAAUCCUUUUGGAAAUUCA